AAAUCGAUUUUAGUCAGGUGUAGUCAGUGUUCGAGUUCGGUUGAAGGCAUCGUUUUUGUUUGCUACAUCGGUUUCCAUACUAUACAAAAAAAAUUAAAAUAAAAGGAGUACUGUAUUUGAUAGGAUAUAAUUAAUCAAAGUUGGAUGGCUUUUCUUUAAAUUAAUUGAUGAUUUCUAUGCAACAAAUAAAAAUGAGUGUAUUUUAAAAAAAGAACUACCCCAAGAAAAGCAAGUGACCCCUUUAAGUUGCAAAAUUUUCAAAAAAUCCUUUCAAUACACAUAAAAAAGUAUCCUACAUAUAGUGUACACUUAAACAGUUCAGUAUGUAACCAUCAGGAUCAAAAAAGGAAGAAGUACCAACAAAAAAAAAGAAGAAAAAUGAAUACUUGAUAAAAAAGAAAAAGCAAACUUAAAAAAAACGAAGAAAAAGAAAAAUCAAAAAUAAUAAAAAUCAUACCUAUACUCGUAUAGUCGACAAGGAAAGCUCUCCUAGAUUUAUAAAAAUUUUGUUGUUUUUGUACCUCUAUACCUAUAGUAAAAUUUUCAUCUGGUAUACAAAUAUUCACCACACCCUGAUCUGCUUUUGCUUUUGAUUUUGCUGCUGCUUGAGCUGCUGCUGCUGCUACUUUUGCCUUUGCCUAUACAACACUCUUACCUACUUUAUAGAGCUCCAUAUCCUUGUCGUAAGAAAAUUCGGGUGCAAAUACUGUCUUCCCUUGGUGACAUCCGUUUCACUACGCAACAUCCUCUGUGUCGGUCGGAAAUAAAAUUUAAAAAAUCACUAUAUAAGUUUUAAAUUUUUCAAUUUAAAUAGAAUUUAAAAAUAUGUAAAUCAAUUUUCAAAAAUUAUUGAAAAAAAUUAAUUAGAAUUUUAUAAAUUCGUAACAUCUUCCUAAAAUUUUUCAAAAAUCAAGUGAAAUCCUUUUCUAUACAUAAAUUAUUAUUUUUUGACAAAAAAAGAUGUCUACAAUUGGAUGUGAUAAUAAUUUAAACCGGUGAUGGUGGUGGUGAUGUGGAACCUAAUUUUAUCGCAAUUAAAAAAUUUCAUACAGAAGUAACAUCAAUUAAGAAAAAAAGUAUAUAAUAUACAGAAGUGAAAAAAAUUUCUAGUUUGUGUAUCUGUAAUCAGUGAAUUAAAAAAAAAAGGAAAAUUAUUCAAACCUCAAGCGAGUAUGAGAAGAAAACGUGUUCAGCAGCGAUUAGAAAUUAUUUUGGAAAGCUUGUGAUUAGGAAACGGAAACGAGGAAAAGUGGUCUUGCUUAAAGUGAAAUUAAUAUCAGUUAUUUCCUAGCAUUUAAAAAGAAUUAAAAAAAAAACUGAAUUUCAAAUCCUUAUCAGCAACAAUUUAAAUUUAAUUUAUGGCAAUGCUUUAACUAAAACCAAAUCAAACCAACAAAAAAAGUACCUACACAAAAUUCCAUCAGGGAGGAGCUGAUUGCUGGAAAAUUUUGUAUUCUGCCACAACAACAACAACAACAAAAUAGAAUAUUGUAUAAAACUUUUUUAUCAAAAUCCACAUCUCGUCGUGUUCUAUAUUUGAUCCAGAUAACCAGAAGCAGAUACUCACUAAAAAAAAAGGAAAAACACACACUUUCCCAUCUCGCAAUCAGAGAGCGAGAACUAGAGCGAGAGCAAAAGCGAGAGCGAGAAAACGGGAGCGAGAGAGCGAGACUGGCAAGAGAGUUAAAUAAAUCUAAUAUCCUGUGAGAGGAGCUUUUGUUUUCAUAUUAUUUUUGUGUUAAAUUUUUUCUGUUGUUAUUUCUAUCUGUGUGUGUGUGUGUUUCGGCAUUGUUGUUUGAUUCAUCGCUACUCACUCUAGAACUACCAAAACUUCUUUUGGUUGUUACGGAAGAGUACCCUACUCAAAUCAACAAAAGCAUCAUCAUCAUAAUCAUAAUCAACAUCAUCAACAUCAACAUCAACAUCAGCAGCAUCAACAUCAUCAUCGAAGCAGGAGUCCUAUAAAGCAUCUGUGUAUCUAAAUAAGGAGCAAAGUUAAAAAAAAAGGAAGACUACAACGAGCGACGACGAAGAAGACGACGGAAAACGCGCGGCAAAAUACAUUCGCCAAGCGUUAAAAACUUUUUUUAACCACAAAACAAUAAAAUGGGCACUGGUCAUUGCUUCUGGGCUGUAUUUUACUUUGCCUGUCUAUGUAGUGCGUCCUUAGCAAAUAAUGCAAAAAUAAAUUUCCGAGAAAAAGAGAAAAAAGUUUUGGAUCAAAUUUUAGGUGCUGGAAAAUAUGAUGCCCGUAUCCGACCAUCCGGAAUUAAUGGAACAGAAAAUUUGCCCACCUAUGUCACUGUCAACAUGUUCCUACGGUCAAUUUCUAAAAUCGACGAUUACAAAAUGGAAUACAGCGUGCAGUUAACAUUUCGAGAACAAUGGACUGACGAACGUCUAAAAUUCGAUGACAUCCAAGGUCGGCUAAAAUAUCUAACAUUGACUGAAGCAAAUCGAGUCUGGAUGCCCGAUCUGUUCUUCUCCAACGAAAAAGAAGGACAUUUUCACAACAUAAUCAUGCCAAAUGUUUAUAUCCGUAUUUUUCCAAAUGGUUCCGUAUUGUACAGUAUACGAAUAUCGCUAACAUUAGCAUGUCCAAUGAAUUUAAAACUAUAUCCAUUGGAUAGACAAAUAUGUUCCCUACGAAUGGCUAGUUACGGUUGGACUACAAAUGAUUUAGUCUUCCUUUGGAAGGAAGGCGAUCCGGUGCAAGUGGUGAAAAACUUACACCUACCACGCUUUACCUUGGAAAAAUUCUUGACUGAUUAUUGUAACAGCAAAACAAAUACGGGCGAAUACAGUUGUCUGAAAGUCGAUUUACUAUUCAAGCGAGAGUUCUCAUAUUACCUUAUCCAAAUCUACAUUCCUUGCUGUAUGUUGGUCAUUGUGUCUUGGGUGUCAUUCUGGUUAGAUCAAGGAGCCGUACCCGCUCGUGUAUCACUGGGUGUAACAACUCUUCUAACAAUGGCAACACAAACAUCUGGAAUAAACGCAUCGUUACCCCCAGUGUCAUACACAAAAGCGAUUGACGUUUGGACUGGCGUCUGUUUGACAUUUGUAUUUGGUGCAUUACUCGAAUUUGCACUUGUCAAUUAUGCAUCACGUUCAGGUUUGAAUAAAUGCUCAGACAUGCAUAAGGAGAAUAUGAAAAAGAAACGCCGGGAUUUGGAGCAAGCUAGCUUAGACGCUGCUUCAGAUCUCCUCGACACAGACAGUAAUGCAACAUUCGCAAUGAAACCCCUGGUACGUCAUCCAGGUGAUCCAUUAGCGUUAGAAAAACUUCGGCAGUGUGAAGUCCAUAUGCAGCCACCAAAACGUCCAAACUGCUGUAAGACAUGGCUAUCGAAGUUCCCAACCAGACAAUGUUCUAGAUCGAAGAGGAUUGACGUUAUAUCACGAAUAACGUUCCCGCUGGUUUUUGCCCUAUUCAAUCUGGUCUACUGGAGUACAUAUCUCUUCAGGGAAGAGGAGGAUGAGUAAAUCAAACAAUAAACCUUUUUUCGUAGAACUAUCCAAAAAUUAUAUUAAUAUAUUUAUUAUUAUCCUUUUUUAAGGACAUUUUAAGGAAGACGUUUUAUUCGUAUACACUCACACAAUAUCUGUGUCUGUCUCUGUGUCUCUCUGUAUGGCUAUGUAGAAUCCCAUAAAAUAUAUAAAAAUUAAAUCAAUAUCAAAAAAAAAACAAAAAAAAAUUAAAUAACAACAAAAGCAUGAUGAAUUAAUAUAAAUGUUGAUAUAGUACAUUAUAUAAUUUUACAAAAACAAAAUAUGCAUAAAUGACGCGACGGGAAAGAGAAUGUGAAUACAAUUUUUAUCUUAUGUGAGCUAAAGAUGUUAUAUAUAAAAAGAUUAUUAUAUAGAUAAAUAUAUAUACACACAUAUAUAUAUAUAAAUGAAUAGAGAUAGUUAUUUUUUAGCUUUAUGUAAUAAUUUAGGUGUUUAAGUAUAUUAUGUACGAGUAUAUGUAAAUUAGGAUAGCAAAAAAAAUAAAAAAAAAAAUAAACCCUCACAAACAAUUAAAAGAUAAGUAAAUAUUUUAUAGACAACAUUCAAUUAAUAAACAAAAAUUAAAGUAUAAAUAAAAAAAAAAACAUUUUACACAUUACGCACCACUUCAUCGCCACAAGGACUUUCAUACCCUCCUAUCUGCCUAAAUAACUAUGACCAUCACAUUUUUCAAUAUCAAAACCGCACUCAUUCCGAAAAUCGUAAAUCGAAAAUCAGAAAUCUUUAAAAACAUGACUUUUAGGUACUUAAUUUCAAAGAACAAAACAACACCAAAAAUCACGAGUACUGAUGUCGUUGUCUUCGAGUUAGUAGUUAGCGAUCUGGUUGUCAAUGUGGUCAAGUUCAAUGGUGAAAGUUAGGCUUUAUACUUACGAGUAAUUAUUAUUAAGCCCAGGUUUGACCACAAUCGUCACAGAAGCCGCUAACGCUAAUGUUGUAUAUAUUUUUUUAUAUAUAAAAUUUCACAAAAAAAAAAAACUAAAAAAUUGACAUCAUGAUCGACACAUUUUUAUAAAAAAAAGUAAUUAUUUAAAUUUAUAAUAAUUUAAGUUCAUCAAUUUUAUGUCCUAGGUUUAUAAAAUUACUUACAAAAUUGGGAAUAAAAACGAAAUAAUAUUUUUAAAUCAAAAUUUGGUUUUCUUUGAAUAUUUUUCAUUUUUUUGUUUGAUUGUUUUUAAAACUUGAUUUCGAUAUCGAAUUGAUUGCAAGUUGUAAAUUUGUUUGUGUGUUUCUAUAUUUUGAAAUCUUUUUAAGCCUAUUUUUAUACAAGUUCCUGUUUUUGAUUUUGGUUAAAACUUUUUUUAGAAUUUAGAUCAAAAUUUAAUUAUAUUUUGUGUUUAUGAAAGCUUGUGGCACGAAAAGUUCUGUUGGCUACAAAUAGUUGGGGAUUGAAGCUUGUUUAGACUAGAGGUCUUUAAUUGGUUUUGGGACUAUAUUAUUCAUUUUAUUAUUACAUUUUGGGACUCCAAAUAUAAGUUAGUUCCAAAUUCCAACCAUUUGGGCCUGUCACGACUUCGGUCUUUCUUUUGGUUCGAGCAAAUAAAAUAAUACCCAUAUUAUGGUAUUACUUUGAGAGUUUUCUGCUAUCGGAGUUUUUUUCUAUCAAAGCUUCUCUUUGAGGUUCGGCAUCUAUAACUUGUUUGGGGGCCUAUUUCAGCGUAUCGAAAGGGUGUUAACAUUAAAGAAAAAAUACUUGAUCUGAUCCCCAUCUUAUUUGAAAGUGCUGAAAAUUUAUGAAAAUUAAGCCUUAGGUUUAUAAAAAUCUAAUAAAAUUGUUAUAAAUUUAUAUUUCUAAGCGUAUGAACAAUGAAGUAGAAAUGAAAUGAAACAGACCUUGACUUGAGGAGGACGUUUUUGGCAACCAUCAUCAGGCAGGUAGUAUCAUUUGUUAGACUCAAAAUUGUUAAAAAAGAAACAAUACCCCGAAAAUGUUAAAAGAUGAGACUGUCUUUUAAAUGGUUUAUUCAUAUGUAGCAAACUAUAACCUCUAACUUUCAAAGAAUACUCUUUAAAACGAGAUAUACUUACUUAAGGUGGUCCAACAGUCCGGGACGAAUUGAGGCCUCAACAAACAUACAUAAGUCUCCAGCCAAUUCGGUUCCUACCUAACUAUCUUCGGUAUCAGAUGUGAAGUUAGUUGAGGUUCUUUCCCACCUGCGUGCGCCAUUUUCCUCAGCUUUGAACGUUGAAAUAAGAUUUGAAGAGCUUCCGGAUCAUUAUCGCUCUUUAAUAUCCAGCCACUUUAAUCGUUUUAUUCUUUUGACAGACCGUACAGAUUCUAGUUGUAUCUUCUUAUCUAUGCAGACGGAAUCAAAAAUCACCAGAAGAAUUUUUCUUUUGAAGCAUCCUAGGACG